AUGUGUAAGUAUCCCUCCCCAUUCUUCUCUGUGGUCAUGAUUGCUGCCAAGAAAGUGCUGAUUGUGUAUGCCCAUGAGAGCCCUGCCUCUUUCAAUGCUGCUGCCAAAGAUGCUGCUGUGGCAGCUCUGACUGCUCAAGGCUGCACUGUAGAGGUGUCUGACCUGUACGCCAUGAAAUUCAAAGCUGCUGCUACUACUGAGGACAUCACUGCCAAGAAAGUGCUGAUUGUGUAUGCCCAUGAGAGCCCUGCCUCUUUCAAUGCUGCUGCCAAAGAUGCUGCUGUGGCAGCUCUGACUGCUCAAGGCUGCACUGUAGAGGUGUCUGAUCUGUAUGCCAUGAAGUUCAAAGCUGCUGCUACUACUGAGGACUUCAUUGGUGGUGUGAAGACUGCAGAGGACUGCUAUGCAGGUCAGAUUAAAUUGGCAUGGGAGGAGGGCGUAAUUGCAGAUUGCAUCAAAAAAGAGCAGGAGAAGCUCAAGGAGGCAGACCUUGUCAUCUUUCAGUUCCCCAUGUACUGGUCAUCUGUUCCUGCAAUCAUGAAGGGGUGGAUGGAUCGGGUGUUGGGCUUUGCCUACGCACAGGAGAAGCGGUACAGUGAGGGGAUCUUCAAGGACAAGAAAGCCAUGCUGUCCUUCACCACUGACUGUCCUGAAUCUGUGUACAGUGACACUGGCAUCAAUGGUGACAUCAAUGUCACACUGUGGCCACUGCAGAACGGGAUCCUGAACUACUGUGGCUUCCAGGUUUUUGCCCCUCAGAUCUUCUGGGAUCCUGCUGCUGGUUCCCCUGAAUCUCGCAGCUCCAUGCUGGAGUGCUGGCGCACACGACUGCAAAACCUCUGUGGGGAAGCCACUGUGUACUUUGCUCCCUUGGACUACUUUGACAAGGAGAAGGGUUUCCUGCUGAAGCCUGAGGUCAAAGAGAAAUAUGCCAGCAAAGAGUCUGGCCUCACAGUGGGGAUCCACAUGGGCAAGCCACUGCCAGCCAACAGCCAGACCAAGGCCGGGGUCUGA